AAGUAAAAUGAAUUUCUAAUCAGUCCUCUUAGUUGAACACUAACAGGAAUGUGUAUUGCUCUAGUUUUAGUUCUUAAACUGUUCUAGUUCCAAAUAAGUGAAGUAAAUACAUUGUCAACUAAGUGUCACACUCAAGAGGUUAUUAUCUGAGAUAAAAAUUGAAUAAAUUGUCUUGGAUUUAAACUGUGAUUGUCUACACCAGCGGCUAUAAUGGAAGUGUCCCCAAAAUGUUGCUGCUUUCUUGUUCUGCUGAACACACUUUUCAUUGUUGGUGUCAUUGUUUAUGUUUUCACUGUAAUGUCUGCAUCAACAGAUGACCAACCUAAAAACACAAACUCUACUGGACCCAGAGCUACAGACACACUUAGAUUUGUCGCUAUUAUAACUCGACACGGGAAUAGAGUACCUCUGCUUGACUUUCCGGACAACCAAUAUCCUUUGAAUAACUCUAAGUAUUGGCCUUAUGGGAUGGGACAGGUGACUCCUUACGGCCGUGUUCAAAUGUAUAAUCUGGGAGUGAAAAUUCGCUCACUCUACAAUGGAUUUUUGGACCCACUGUACUACACUGAAGAUUUCUAUGCAUCGAGCACUGCCAUUGAUCGUACACUGAUCAGCGGAGAAGCAUUUCUGGCUGGACUGUAUCCUCCCACAGACUUUCAAGUGUGGGACAAAAAUAUACUCUGGCAGCCUAUACCUAUGUAUUCCAAUUCACAAGAUAAAACUGUGGAAGCCUUUUUCUGCCCCAAAUUCAUGCAAGAACGGGCUAAGAACCGGCUAAAGUAUGAAGAAGACUAUGCUGCUAACCUGUCCGCUAUAUACAAUUAUAUAUAUGAGCACUCUGGUGUCAAUUUAACAACACCUUUUGGUAUGUUGUCUGCAUGGGACACAUUCAUUGCAGAGGACACAGAGGGCUACAAGGUACCUGAUUGGGCAAAUGGAAUCUACCCAGAGCCACUGGCUGAUUUGGUAGGAAAAAUGUACAUAGAAUAUGUGGCAGGUGAUGAAAUAUCUACAAACCUUAUAAUAGGUCUCUUCUAUGAAGAGUUACUCGGUGCAAUGGGGAGUAAAGUGAAUGGCACACUGAGUCCUGACAGGAAGAUGUAUUACUAUUCCGGCCAUGAUACCUCCAUAGUGACUCUACAAGCUGUCCUGGGGAUACCCAAGUCUGACAUUAUAGGUAUGGUGAAGCCAGGUUCUGCCCUGCUGUUUGAGCUUCACCAGAACUUGACAACUGAGGAGUACUUUGUGCAGGUAUUGUACAUAGAUGGCAGUUCCCCUGACUUGGAGCCAGCUUCUAUGGAUAUCCCGGGUUGCAGUCACCCUUGCGGAUUCAGUCAACUCGUCACCUUAACACAAAAUUUUACUCACAUCACAAAUUACACAGAUGCAUGCCAAAUUAACAAUUCUCUAAGCUAUGAUUUAAGUAGCAUGAAGUACUUAACUUCAUAUAAUUUAUACGAGACCAGCCAACAGUGGAUCCAACCUCCUGACCCGUACAUUGCCGACAAAUUACCGCACGCUUGGUUUCUCCCGAGAGUCACACAUUUGGCUGGUCUGAAUGGUCUCUUGUCUUUAGGUGGUUCCACACAGUUGAAGAUUCUCCUUCCGCGAUGUGGUAUUACUGUCCGCUUCCUGGAGCAAUCAGUCCUCAGGCACCAGGGGUAUACAUAUGUCAGCCCAGGUCUGAUGAGUGGAUUUUCUAUCUACGUGAACUCUGCCCUGACAAAUCCCCACAACCUUCUGCUUCUCAACACAGCUGAAUUGAUAAAUUUAAACAUUGAUCUUAGUUCUGGAAAUUGUUUGAUAAUAAAAAUGGGAUCGAGUAGUUGUUGCCGCUGCUGUAUUUUCUCGCUUGGACUCUUAAUAGCAUUCGCUGUGCUCAUUUAUGCCCUCAGUUUGGCCUUGAAGUCUACAGAUGGCCAAGAGUCUUCUUCUUCUAACGGUCCGAGAGCAACAGAAAGCCUCAGGUUCAUUACUGUGGUAUCUCGACAUGGAAACAGGGGACCAAUAUUCAAUAUUUCAAACAGCCCUUAUCCUGUGGAUGAUACCAAGUAUUGGCCUUAUGGAAUGAGAGAUUUGACUCCAAGAGGCCGAAUUCAAAUGUAUGAUUUAGGAGUGAAAAUUCGCUCACUGUACAAUGGAUUUUUGGAUCCAUUGUAUUACACUGGUGAUUUCUACGCUUCGAGCACUGCUAUGGAUCGAGUUCUCAUGAGCGGUGAAGCAUUUAUGGCUGGACUGUACCCUCCAUCAGGCUUCCAAUUGUGGAACAAGAAAAUCUUCUGGCAGCCAAUUCCUAUAUACUCUAAUUCUCUAGAUAAAACUAUUGAACUGGAGUCUUGUCCCAGAUUCUUGGAAGAGCGAGAGAAAUACUCACAGAUAUUUGGAGAAACAUAUUCAGCAAAUGUGUCAUCCAUAGUGAGAUACAUUAACAACCAAACUGGACUCAACCUUACUAGGUUCGACGGCUUCAGUAUGGAGUGGGACAUGCUUAUCUGUGCGGAUUCUGAAGGCUACGCUUUACCAGACUGGACAAAAAAAGUAUAUCCUGAGCCAAUGACCAACUUAGCAGGCAAAUUAUACAUUGCUUACUUUGCAGCCUCAGAUAUUAUGGUCAGACUUUUAAUAGGACCUUUCUUUGGAGAGAUGUUACAAGUACUGGAAAGCAAAGUGCAUGGAACACUGACUCCUGACCGCAAGAUGUAUUUCUAUUCGGGUCAUGACACAUCUCUCAUGACUCUACAACUAGUUCUGGGAAUCCCCCAAGAUGAAAUGAUUUCCAUUGUCAAACCUGGAUCUGGCAUGAUUUUUGAACUUCACCAGGAUUCAAAGUCUAAUGAUUAUUACAUCCAAGUGCUGUAUAUAGAUGGCAGUUCACCAGACUUGAAGCCUGUGCUCCUAGACAUCCCUAAUUGUGGAAGUAUUUGCAGUUUCAACCAGUUCAUCAACAUCACCCACAAGUUUGCCAAUGUUACCAAUUACGAGCAAGAGUGCCAACUUAAUUAACAGCAAAUGAAUAAUAACAAGAAAUGAGGUC